AAUUAUCAACAUAUGAUGACAAGAUGGUUUGUAGGUCUGACUCAGUGUUAGUUUGGAAGUGGUGAAUUUAGUCUAAUAAACGUAACGGUUUUACCGUUUCAAAACGCAUAUAUUUUGACAUAAGUUAAUAAAAAUGUCUCUUUAGCUAUUUUACAGAAUAUAAAAGGGUAAACAUAAGGAUAAUUUCCGAACAGUUUAGUUUUAUCAGACUAAUAACAUUCUCCUGUAAACAAUAAGCCGGCAGUAAACACCAUCGUAGUAUAGUGAAUAGUAAAGUUGCUAGACAGUUAUCUUUUGAGAUGACUCUGAUUUAUAUUUUAGGUGUUGUCGCAUUGUCUGUCGGCUCGUUAGCUCUGUACGACUCAGGGUCAGAUGUUGUAGACCUGACAGAGAGUAAUUUUGACAGACUUGUGACUCAAAGUGACCAGGUAUGGGUUGUGGAGUUUUAUGCUCCAUGGUGUGGCCAUUGUCAACAGUUUGUUGGUGAAUAUUCAAAAGCAGCUAAGGCUCUUAAGGGUGUUGUGAAAGUGGGAGCUGUGAAUGCAGAUGAACAUAAAUCUCUUGGUGGGAGAUUUGGAGUGAGAGGUUUUCCCACUGUCAAGAUCUUUGGAGCCAAUAAAAACAAACCUGAGGACUACAACGGGGGUCGAACAGCCCAAGGUCUAGUGGACGCUGCAGUUUCUGCGGCCAAGAGUAAGGUGUAUGCCCAGCUCGGCGGCAAAAGUGGUGGAGGUGGUUCUUCUUCAAAGGGAGAUCCGAAGGAUGUUGUGGAACUGACGGACAGUAACUUCGAUGAACUGGUUCUGGAGUCUGAAGACAUGUGGCUUGUAGAGUUCUUUGCCCCUUGGUGUGGCCACUGUAAGAAUCUGGCACCGCACUGGGCUCAGGCUGCAACUGAACUCAAAGGAAAAGUAAAACUGGGAGCAGUAGAUGCAACAGUUCACCAAGUGAAAGCUAGCCGUUAUGGAGUACAGGGAUAUCCAACCAUCAAGUUCUUUGCUCCUGGUAAAAAAGACUCAAGCUCUGUGGAAGAUUACAACGGUGGUAGGACUGCAAAUGAUAUCGUCAACUGGGCACUUGACAAGUUGGCAGAAAAUGUUCCUGCUCCUGAAAUAAAGCAGUUGGUGGAUGACAAGACACUGAAGGAGGCAUGUGAGGAACAUCCGUUGUGCGUCGUCUCUGUCCUUCCCCACAUCCUGGACUGUCAGGCAGACUGCCGCAACAGCUAUCUCAAUAUCCUCAAGGAGAUGGGAGAGAAGUACAAGAAGAAGAUGUGGGGAUGGGUGUGGUCUGAAGCUGGCUCUCAGCCUGAAGUGGAGAACAUGUUAGAGAUUGGAGGAUUUGGUUACCCAGCGAUGGCUGUUCUCAAUGCUAAGAAGAUGAAGUAUUCCAUUCUUAGGGGCUCAUUCUCCAGUGAAGGCAUCAAUGAAUUUUUAAGAGAUUUAUCGUUUGGCCGUGGAAACACCGCUCCAGUCAAAGGUGCUUCAUUCCCUCAAAUAUCAGCAAUAGAACCCUGGGACGGUAAAGACGGAGAGUUGCCUCCUGAUGAGGACAUUGACCUCUCGGACGUCCAGCUCGACGAUUUGCCCAAAGACGAACUGUAAUAGAUUGACUCUAUCCAAACUCAAUCAAGACUGACAUUAAUGUGUGCUUCUGUUUGUGUGUGUUAGAAGAAUACUGUGGUACUUGGUACUGUGUCGACUGCAGGAAAGCCUUAAAAAGACACUGAUCUGCAAUUAACAGUGCAAUAUUACAGGAGAGUAUGAUGUAGACUCUAAGCAUGUUCUUAAUUUUAUCAUAACUGUUCAUUUUGUGAAUAUUUAGAUGAAUUUGUUUCCAUUGUGUUGAACUGUAGUUCACCAUUUGUUUUAGUAAUGGUACAAUAUUGCAUCUUCCAUUUCUAUAUGUUUAAGAUUUACUCUCAAUUUUGUAAUAUUAAAUCAAAUUUCACACCA